AUGAGACAGACAAAUCAGACACAGGUGACAGAAUUCCUCCUUCUGGGACUCUCUGAUGACCCCCUCACCCAGAAGCUGCUCUUCAUCUUAUUCCUGGGUGUCUACCUAGUCACUGUGUUUGGAAAUCUGUUUCUCAUGUCCCUUGUACAGGUUGACUCCCGGCUUCACACACCUAUGUAUUUUUUUCUCUGCCACUUAUCUCUGGCUGACCUCUGUUUCUCUACCAACAUCAUUCCUCAAGCCCUAGUUCACCUAUUAUGCAAGAGGAAGGUCAUUUCAUUCACACGUUGUGCAGCUCAGCUUCUACUCUUCCUCAUUUUUGGAUGUGCACAGUGUGCUUUUCUGGCAGUGAUGUCCUAUGAUCGGUAUGUGGCCAUCUGCAACCCUUUGCAUUACUGUAGCAUCAUGACUUGGAGGGUGUGUGUCCAUCUGGCUGCAGGAUCAUGGGCCAGCAGCAUUCUGGUGUCUGUGGUGGACACCACCUUCACACUAAGGCUACCCUACCGAGGCAGCAGUAGGAUUGCUCAUUUCUUUUGUGAAGCCCCUGCACUGUUGAUCCUGGCAUCCACAGACAUCCGCAUGUCAGAGAUGGUCAUUUUCCUCAUGGGGGUCAUGAUUCUCCUCAUACCUGUUUCCCUAAUUCUGGUGUCCUAUGGCCACAUCCUAGUGACCAUUGUCAGGAUGAAGUCAGCUGUGGGGAGGUUCAAGGUAUUCUCUACCUGUGGCUCCCACCUCAUAGUGGUCAUUCUUUUCUAUGGGUCAGCAAUCGUCACCUACAUGACACCAAAGUCCUCCAAAGAACAGGAAAAACUGGUAUCUGUGUUCUAUGCCAUGGUGACCCCCAUGCUCAAUCCCAUUGUCUACAGCCUGAGGAACAAGGAUGUGAAGGUAGCUCUGAGGAAAGUAACCGCAAGGAAUUUCCUCUGCAGGCUUGGAGUUUUCCACUGGUAG